AGGUACUCAUUCGUAAUAAGUACCAAAUAAACGUGCUUAUGAUUGCAUCAUCCUCGGAGUCUUUCUGCUGGUGUAGAAAACUUUGAGAAAGUGAGAUAAAGAAAGCAAGCUGCACGCAUCGUAAGUUAUUUACAAAAAGUACCGCUAUCAAGAAUUAAAUUUCAUGUGAAUUUACGAUAUUCCAAAAUUCCAAAGGUGACUCGACAGCAACUCUUUUUUGAUCGCAUAGUACAUUAAUUUAAUGCAAUAGAAUAUAUAGAUAGUCGAUGGAAAUGUCGUCGACAUCGUUUUACCGAAGUUCGUGUAGCUGCCGCCUGUUUAUGAGACGAACUAAUUCAAAUAAGUAAAUCAAUUACUAUUAUAGUUUUAACACAGCUGCUAUCCAGGAAAUCGAUGUUGAAGUUACCCAAACGUCGAACGACAAUCACCGCUAAUUAUUAAGCUUCUGAUACCUAUAUAAAAAUGAAUGUCUGUCCAAUAUAGUCCCUCAAAUAAUUCAUAACAUACCUACCCAUCCUGAGUUAUUAUCAUUGACACAAAUUUGGGGUGGUUUCUGAAGCAGCAGUGGCCAUGUAAGAUAUAUAGGUAGUUUAGUAAAUAAACUUCUUUAACAUGCGCUGCAAAAUAUGCAUUGGCCCAAUUAGUCAAAAUAUGUAAUGGGUGGCCACUUUGCCUUUUCAAAAAUUUGGUUUUGAAUUUGUAUUUUGUAUGACAUAGGAAAAUUUACACAUCUACCGCUUUAUAGCGAACAUGAACAAAAGUAUAUCUCGAGUAAGAACGAUAACAGUGUGUGUAUUUCGAUAAACGCCACGGAGACCAGUUUGUAAGGAGGUUUUCGGCAAACGAGGUUAGACUGUUGAUGAGUUAGCACGUACAGUAUUUGUGUGUGGGAAUUUAUGCGAUUAUUAGAUACUAAUUUCGCGAGCGGUUACGUACCAAUUUAAUAGCGCUAAAAUUUUCGUUUGUGAAAGUUUAUCUAGUACCUGUAAAGGUUGACCAACUUUAUUUUGAGUAUUAGGACGUACUUAGGUCUCAAAUUCGGGCCCUUUGUACUACCUCCCUGACUAGAGUCGUCCGAUUCCUCAACGUCACUCAAGCCUUCCCACACGUGAGAUGAACCUAAGGAUGCCGGAAGUCCGAGUACCUCCAACCCCUAAACGUGGAUGCUAGUGUAGCGCUUUUUAACCUGGAUAGGGGGGGGGGGUAUUCUUUCUGAUAAGUAAGUAAGUAAUUAUCGAUGAAUUGCUCCAUUAUUGGAAUACAGCAACAUAACAUAGUAGAUAACGCUUUACGAAAAAGUGAAGAUAGAUUUGGUCACACAUAUCUAUGUACGAAUGUGUUCAUGCUUAUUUGUCUCUCACGUAAGUACCUAAUAUUUAUAGCAACCUGUGCUUAUGCUAAUUACCUAUGUUCCCAUGGUAUUGCACAAUAUUUUGUAGUUACUCAUAUUGAAACAUCGCAGUUUAUUCCUCCCAGUGCCUUUUGAGUGGUUGACCUAGUUCAAAACUAUAUAGCAAGUUAUGAAGUGGGUGAUCCAUAUUCUAAUAUUUGGGAUGUAGCCUACUUUGGAUGUUAUCGUGAACAUAUCCUACAGGUUUAACUAUGGAACCGAUUGUGUGAGCUCUGUGGUAUUAACUGAUUUGGAUCGAUUGAUCAAAUACCAUUUUCAAUCGUUGGUGAAUGAACUGUAUUUUGUGAUACUAACUUGCAGUACAAAUAUUAUUAUCACUAUUACAUGGAAUGAUAUUUUACGAAAUGUGCGAUUUCAACGUGUUGGCGCAAGUUGUGGUAGUCUUCUUCUCUUUAUUGCUUUCACUGGUUUGCUCCUGCUUAUCCACUGACAUUUUAUCGAUAGGAAUGUCAGGACACAUCAUUGUAACGUGUUUUUUUAGCACAUAGGUACUGCACAGUGAAUCUUGUUCGGACACUUUUUCGAAAUGUGACCUGACUUAAAGCAACGCAAACAUUUUUGUCGAUCUUCGGAAAUCAUUCUCAACUUAAUUGGUUCCGUAGAAUGCCAUUUCUGAAGAAUUUUAGUCUUCCAGACCCUUUUCAUACGGUAACGUACAUUUAAUUACGUCGUUUAUUUAUAACAAUAUUAUUAACAAUAAAUUUAUAAGUCUUGAAAUGAUUUAAUUUAUAACAAUAAAAUAUUUAAUGAUGACUUACAAUUUAUAACAACGUAACACAAGUGCAUCGAAAUAAGAACUGAACCCGGAAUACGAUUUGCUUAUAUAGUCAAUAACAUUCUUUCUAGAAUGUGCUUCCACUGUCCUCGAGUUCUCAAAGUUCUCAAUGGCUAUAGCUUUAGGUAACGACCGUUGCCACUCUGGGCUACUCUCACUGGUUGUAAGACGACGUCCUCAAUGGGAAUUCGCUGAAAGAAAAUAACGAUGAAUGUUUAGAAGAAGAGUUCAGAAGCAGUCACUCAGGCAAUGGUUCACAUGAUGGAUCAGCCGUUUACAAAUCUUGAAUUGCAGUUCACUGAAUUCUAAGUUUCAUUGCAGCGUACGGAGGUGGAGCAGAAUCAAUGAACGGGCUGAUAAAACGCAUAUUUUGCUACAAAAAUCAAAACCCGGAAAUGAUUCCUCUGCAUUGCAAACGUGCUAGGGAUCAAGCACGUAUUUGGGCAUCUUCACAUAAAGCAGAAAUGAAGGUUCUAGAUGCUUGCCUACAUGGAUGGAAGCUCAGUUACUUCCUGCGUGGAUGCCAAUUCCGCCAGCAAGCGCACCCAGGGCCCAAACACUUCAGUAACGAAUAUAUACUCUCUGGUUUUGAAUGAGUGUUGACUGAAUGGUAACCAAUCUUAUAAACGCCGCUGACAUGUACCAAACAAUUUAAUACGAAAUAAUGACCGGAGCAAAACGCCGAUACCCAAAUCCCCUACAGAAUGCUAACGCUUUGUCUUCAGCUACAUUUUAUUACACGUUGCCAACUUUUACCCACACAAAGCGCACCAAAAGACAAUUUGAAGAAGAUGACCUCUAUGAAACCCUCACCGAACAUCAAUCAAAAAUGUUGGGCGACAAAGUAGAAGCAUUAUGGAAAAAGCAGUUUGAAAAACAAAAAAAGCCUUCAUUAACAAGAGUUUUAAUUUCAGCUUUUGGUUUUGAAAUGUUCAUUUCGGGUUUAUUAUUAGGAGUCGCAGAGCUAAUACUUAAGCCAGCACAAGCCGUACUUCUUGGCCGUUUCCUUUUGUACUACAUGUUUACCGCCGAUGAAGAUGUCCAGGUAAACCAUUUCCAAACGCGGUUGUACGCUGGUGGCAUCGUUUUAGCAUCAUUUCUCCAAGUACUGUGUCUCCAUCCUGUCGUGUUACGUCUAAAAACGGUUGGCUUGAAAGUGAAGAUAGCGUGCUGCUCGUUAAUAUACCGGAAAGCCUUAAAGUUGAAUCAGGAGGCUUUCGUUAACACAAGCGUGGGACAAAUUGUUAAUUUGAUAGCGUCAGAUGCUCCAGUGUUCAUUAUGGUUGGAUUUAUGUUCAAUUACUUGUGGCUUGCUCCAUUGCAGUGCAUCAUCGUUACGUAUCUAAUGUAUGAAGAAGUUGGGCUUUCAUCAGUGUUUGGCGUUACAGUACUAUUUCUGCUUAUACCCAUUCACCAUUUAUUGAGUAAGGCAGCGUCAAAGUAUCAGUGGAAAUCUUCUUCGCGUACUGAUGACAGGGUGCGCUAUAUGGAUGAAAUAAUUUUAGGAAUCAAAAUCAUGAAAAUGUACGUUUGGGAAAAGAUUAUAAAAACUGCUUUGCUCUCCAUGCGCGAUUUUGAAAUGAAAUAUAUUCGAUUAUCGAUGUAUCUCAAAUCAGUAAACGUCUCGUUCGAUAGUUUAUUGGUACCAGUUGCGAUUUAUGUGUCUAUUAUAUCAUACGUGCUACACAAUGAUAUAAAACCAGACAAAGUGUUUACAUUGCUGAUAUUUUACAAUUCACUAAGGGGAGCCAUGGCAUCAGCGUUUCCAUCAGCGAUUAAUUAUCGUGCUUUGGCAUUCGUCGCAAUAAGGCGAAUGGAGCAGUUUCUACUUCUACCGGAAGUUGCAUUGGUGACCAUCGAGAGUACAACGGAUCCAAUCGCAAUUAAAAUUAUCGAUGGAGAGGCAAAAUGGAGUGAAACUUCUACCUUGCAAAAAAUUAACUUUACAGUAAAACCAGGUGAUUUGGUUAUCGUAACUGGACCGGUCGGUUGUGGAAAAUCCAGUUUACUAAAUGUAAUCUUAAAAGAACUACGUUUAAUUUCUGGAAAAAUUCGGAUAAAUGGGCAAAUCAGUUAUGCAUCUCAGGAUGCUUGGCUGUUCGGUGGAAGUAUUCGGGAUAAUAUUCUCUUCGGUGAACAAAUCGAACUCAAACGUUAUAAUGAAGUUGUUCGCAUUUGCGCUCUCGAAGACGACUUUGCUUUAUUCCCAUUGGGCGACCAUGAACUGGUGGGAGGAAGAGGCACUAGCUUAAGCGGCGGUCAAAAAGCAAGAAUAAAUUUGGCACGCGCCAUUUAUCGCGACGCUGACAUUUAUUUGUUGGACGAACCUUUUGCCGCCGUAGAUGCUCAUGUUAGUCGGCAAAUCUUUCAAGAGUGUAUUAAAAGAUUUUUGGCAAAAAAGACUGUCGUAUUAGUUACACAUCAGCAACAGUAUUUCAAAGAGGCAGAUGAAAUAAUUACAAUGGAAAAUGGUACAGUAAUUUCACAAGUUCCAUGGACAGAAAACGACGGUCUUGAGUCCUUUAGCCAUCAAGAUGACAUUGAUAGAACAGUUCAAGAAGGCUAUAAGUUGACAAAUGGGGCAGUGGAUAAUAAAGACAUAGAAAAAGAACAAACUUCAGAGGGAUCUGUAUCCUACACUGUAUACAGGAAGUACGCUACAGCUAAUGGAUUUUUUUGCUUUGCGAUACUUACCGUCUUGUUCCUGCUCACCCAAGUACUCCUAAGCAGUGGUCCUUACUUUUUAACACAUUGGGUGAACAAGGCUCAAAUUGGCGAAAUGUCUACCAAUGCCAGCCACACUUCUGAGGUCUUAGUGCAUUCCAAGACCAUGCACAUCUAUAUCUACUCCGCCAUAACAUUUGCCUGCGUUGUAACUGUUCCAUUGCGAUCCUACUUAUUCUUCUUUUCAGUAUUGAAGUCUUCCCAAAAAUUGCACAAUAACAUGUUUAACAACGUAAUCGGUGCUACUAUGCAUUUUUUUAACACGAACUCACCAGGAAGAAUCAUAAACCGUUUUUCUCAGGACAUUGGUGCCGUUGAUAGUAAAUUACCAUAUGUACUUAUUGCCACGGUGCAGUUAUUACUGGAGGCGUUUGCUGCAGUUAUGCUGAUAUCAAUUGUAAAUUAUUGGCUCUUAUUACCGGCAAUAAUAAUGGCUAUUAUUUCUUACUACUUAAAACUGUUUUGCUUGUUGACCAGUCGGGAUUUGAAGCGACUGGAAGGUGUAACACGAAGUCCUGUUUUUGAACACUUAAGUUCGUCACUGCAAGGACUUAGCACCAUUCGCGCCCUUCAGAGUGAAACAGUUUUAAAGGAAAAAUUUGACGCGCAUCAGGAUUUGCACAGCUGUAGCCACCAUUUAUUCUUUGCCACAUCACAGGCGUUUGGAUACUUUAUAGAUUGUCUGUGUGCCUUGUAUGUUGCGGUUGUUACGCUGAGCUUUGUAAUUUAUGACAAUGGGUCUCUUAGUGGUGAUGUAGGAUUAGCGAUAACACAGUCCAUAUCACUAAUUGCCUAUCUUCAGUACGCAAUGCAACAGACGGCAGAGCUUGAAAACAACAUGACAUCCGUAGAACGCAUUUUAGAGUAUGACGCUAUCGAACAAGAAGACAAAUGUAGUACCGAACCGCUCAAAACCUGGCCGAAAUCGGGUGGGAUACUUUUCCGCAACCUUUCCCUUAAAUAUUCGCCACUUGGUUCCACUAUACUGAAAAAUUUAAAUUUUGAAAUUUUCCCAAGGGAGAAGAUUGGAAUCAUUGGAAGAACAGGUGCGGGAAAAUCAUCCAUUGUUAACGCUCUUCUUCGACUAAGUUACACGUCGGGAGAUAUUUUAAUCGACAACGUUGACAUAAAAACUUUGAAUUUGCAAGCGGUGCGAUCAAAAAUAUCAGUUAUUCCUCAAGAUCCUACUUUGUUCUCGGGUACAUUGCGACAAAAUUUGGAUCCAUUCGAGGAAUACAAUGAUGAAGUGUUGUGGAAGUCACUCGAAGAAGUUGAGUUAAAAAGCUUCUUUGAAUCCCAGCCCGAAGGACUGUUUCACGUGAUCGUUCAAGGCGGAACCAACAUAAGCGUUGGCCAACGUCAGCUAAUAUGUCUAUCUCGCGCGAUUUUACGUAAUAACAACAUACUAAUCAUGGAUGAAGCAACUGCAAAUGUUGACUUAGAAACUGACAAUUUAAUACAGAGGACAAUUAGGAGAAAGUUUGAGAACUGUACAGUGCUUACUAUAGCGCAUAGGUUACAAACAUUAUUAGAUUCUGAUAGAGUUCUAGUUAUGAAUUCUGGUGAAGUGAUUGAAUUUGAUAAGCCAUCAGUGUUGCGUGAGAAUACUAACGGAUACUUUUAUAAAGUUGUUCAAAAAAUGAACCUAGGAUAAAUACACUUACUGAUAUACCA